CUGGAACCACAGGCAUGCACCACCAUGCCCGCCUUCCAAGGUGCUGGGAUUGCAGACGUCAGCCACCAUACCAGGCCAAGGGGCUUGGUUUCUAUGGUUUUCGGGAGAGACUGCUGAGGGAAGGUCAGCUUCCGGCGUCGCGCUGCAAACGUCGCGCUGAGGUUAUCCUUUACGGCAGGCGUCCGCGUCGCAAGCUAGUCGUCCUGAAGCGGCGGCCAGAGAAGAGACAAGGGUACGAGCAUCGGAUCGCCAUGCCUUUCUUGGACAUCCAGAAAAGGUUCGGCCUUAACAUAGAUCGAUGGUGGACAAUCCAGAGUGCUGAACAGCCCUACAAGAUUGCUCCUCGAUGCCGUGCUUUUGAAAAAGAAUGGAUAGAAUGUGCACAUGGAAUUGGUGCUAUCCGGGCAGAGAAAGAGUGCAAGAUAGAAUAUGAUGAUUUUAUAGAGUGUUUGCUUCGGCAGAAAACGAUAAGACGUGUGGGUGCCAUCAGGAGGCAGCGGGAUAAGCUGAUAAAGGAAGGGAAGUACACCCCUCCACCUCACCACAUUGGCAAGGAGGAGCCUCGGCCCUGAGCAGAGCAGCUGGUGAUGUCUGGAGGCUGAUUUUCCCGUUCUCUGUUCUCCACUGGAAAGGUUGUUUACGGAAAACCUCCUCGUCAACGUGUGUAAAAAUAAAGGAUUGCUCCAUUUGAAAUAUUUGUUCAAAAUA